AUGAAGAAUCAAGAUUACAUUGAACUACAACAAUACCCCGACCAUGUCGAUAAAGGACAAGUAGAAGGAUUAUUAAACGAGGAAGGUGAAACAAAGGAUGAAAUAAGUUUAACAGAAACACAAUUGUCUAUAGUGCUACAUAGAUUAGGAUACAAUGAUUUCACUUAUAUGAAUUCCAAUGACAUACAGAACCUACCUAGAUCUACUAAGUAUAUGGUCAAUAUAAUCGAUAAAAUGUCAAUUGAUAAUGCAAUUGAAAUCAUACGGAAUUCUUUAGCAGAUCAUAGUCAAGAUGUGAAUUUUCCAAAAGAUGAAUAUAACUUAUUAGAAAAAUUAUUGCACUCGGUUCCAAAUAAUUCAGAACCAGCCCCAAUUAAGAUAGAAGAGGAUACAAGACCAAUCUUGAACGAAAAGUCGUAUUUAAAUAUUGUCGAUUGGAAUUUGCAAGUUCGUUUGGAGGCAACAUUAAUACAUUAUCAUUCUCCAUACCCAGAAGUACGAGCCAUCACUGAACCAUAUGACGAUCCAGAAUUAUUAUGUGAAACCUUCAGAGCGUAUUUUAUUGGCUUUAGCUGGACAUUUAUUGGAUCAAUAAUUAAUACAUGUUUUGUACAUAGAAUACCCAAUAUUAGUUUAAGUUCCCAUACUGUUCAAGUUCUACUAUUACCUUGUGGAAAAUUAUGGGCUAGAUAUAUGCCUAAUAAAAAAAUCAAAUUAUUUUCGAAAACAAUUCAUAUAAAUCCAGGUCCAUGGACUUACAAAGAAUUGAUGUUGAGUACGAUAAUAUAUCUGUGCUCUUCGGGUGUUCCAUAUUCAAUGUAUAACAUCUUUGUUAUGAAACUUGAUAAGUUUUAUGGCUUAAAGUGGGUGACAAUUACCUUUCAAAUUUUUUUAUCAAUAUCGACUCAAUUUUUAGGAUUUAGUUUUGCAAUGGUGAUGAAAAAAGUUUGCGUUUAUCCUAGCACAUCAAUUUGGCCAUCAAUUUUACCUACCAUUGCCUUAAAUAAAGCUUUAAUGGAUGAAGAAGACGUUACUCAUUAUAUGUCUCGUUUCAAAUUUUUUAUAAUAGUUGCAAUAUUCAGCUUUUUCUAUAAUUGGAUGCCAAGUUAUUUCUUCAAAGCAUUGGCUAAUUUUAAUUGGACGACAUGGUUUGCACCAUUACUGAUUCAUUUAGUCAAUGUUACAGGAUCAUCAAAAGGCUUGGGGUUGAACCCUUGGCCCACAUUUGAUUGGAACAGAAUCGAUGCUGGUGGAUGUUUAACUCUUCCAUUUUACAGUUACGUCAAUAGAUACUUAGGAAGUAUACUCGGUUUUUUGGUAAUCCUCCUUGUCUAUUAUACAAAUCAUUACUAUUCAUCAUAUUUCCCAAUUAAUUCUAACUAUUUGUUCAACAACAAGGCAAAAGUAUAUGACAUUCAUUCAAUUUUAAAUGAAAAAAAUCAAUUUGAUGAUAAAAAGUAUCAAGAAGUUGGUCCACCAUAUUUUUCGGCUGCUAAUUUGGUGAUAUAUGGGGCUCAUUUUUGUUUAUACCCAUUUUCGAUACUUUAUAAUUUUGCAACGGAGUGGAACUCAAUGAAAUCAAGUUUUGUUAGUGUAUGGAUAUCAUUAACUGAUGCUUUUAAAUCUAGUCUGAACCGGUUUGGGAGAUAUUCGGAUGAUCCUCAUUGUAAAAUGAUGUCCAAAUACGAUGAAGUUCCCGAUUGGUGGUUUCUUACGAUCUUAGUAGUGAGCACUUCAUUUGCAAUAGCUACUGUAAUAUUUUAUGAUGUUGAAACUCCUUUGUGGGGUAUAUUUUUGGUGAUUUUCAUUAACUUUAUAUUCCUUAUACCAUUAACAUCAAUUGCUUCAGUCACUGGUUUUUCAUUUGGAUUAAAUGUUUUGAUAGAAUUGAUUGUUGGUUAUUUAAUACCAAAUUCUGGAUUGGCAUUGAUCACAUUGAAAGCAUUUGGUUACAAUAUUGAUAGUCAAGCUAGUAACUACAUUACUGAUCAGAAAUUAGCUCAUUAUACACAUCUACCACCAAAAGCCGUGUUCAAGGGUCAAAUUAUUUCAACUUUAAUAAAUAUAGCAGUUGCAUUAAUAAUUACAAACUGGUUGUUAGAUUCAAAGAUUCCAGAUUUGUGUCAACAGAAUCAAAAGUAUAAUCUCGAAUGUCCUGGAGCAAAUACUUAUUUUUAUUCCUCAAUUCAAUAUGGUGAAAUUGGACCUGCUAAAGUUUUCAAAUUGUAUCCAAUUUUUAAAUGGUGCUUUCUUUUAGGUGCUAUUUUGGUUAUUCCAUGUGCAUUGUUUAAGAAAUACGGACCCAAGAAAUUAACUACUUCAUUUCAACCAACAAUUAUCAUUGGGGGAUUUUUGGAUUUCGCUCCAUAUAAUCUUUCAUAUUUCACAGGUGGUCUUUAUAUGUCUUACUUAUUCAUGUACAAACUUAAAAACAAUUAUCUUCAUCUUUGGGAAAGGUACAACUAUAUUUUAAGUAGUGGAUUAACGGUCGGUGUAGCAACAAGUUCACUAAUUAUAUUUUUUAUGAAUCCACCCACCUUACACUGGUGGGGAAAUAAUGUUAGUUAUCAAGGUAUAGAGGGAGGUAAGUUUAGUGAUGUUUGGAAGAAUGCAACUAGUGCUCCCGAUGGUUAUAUUGGUUUACGAAAAGGUGACUUCCCAUAG